AUGGCUGGCGAACUAUCAGAGAAGGUUGAGACAGCGGAGCCUGAGAGCCGUCCAUCCAGCAAUGGAGGCUCGUCUUUAACUGAACGCGAUUCCAGACAAGAACAAAAGAACGGGGAAGGGACAACGACCGUGUCGCCAACUAAGGAAAAGAAUUUGUCGAAAUUAGACUCGAAUGUUGUGAAGGUGGCAAAUAAGGAUGAAGAUAUUUACGCACAUUUACCUCCUCAUGAGGCGGAAAUAUUAAAACGACAAGUGGUGUUGCCAGAUAUUUCAUCCGGAGUUGGAAAUUUAUAUCGCUUCUCGACUACAAAUGAUAUCAUUAUUAUGGUUAUCAGUGCCAUCUGCAGUAUUGCGGCGGGGGCUGCAUUACCUUUGAUGACGGUUAUCUUCGGUCAAUUGGCGGGAACAUUUGCAGAUUACUUUGCAGGAUCGAGUAGCAAGGAGCAUUUUAAUCAUACCAUCAAUCACAUGGUUCUCUACUUUAUCUACCUUGGCAUCGCCGAGUUCGUCACCAUUUACAUCUCUACAGUCGGAUUUAUUUAUGUUGGAGAACAUAUCAGUGGAAAGAUUAGAGCACAAUACUUGGCUGCUUGCUUGCGCAUGAAUAUUGGUUUCUACGAUAAGCUAGGAUCAGGAGAAAUUACUACCAGAAUCACAGCUGAUACCAACUUGGUUCAAGAUGGUAUCUCCGAAAAGGUCGGCUUGACACUUAAUGCAUUGGCUACAUUCUUUACCGCUUUUGUGAUUGGCUUCAUCAAGUCAUGGAAACUGACGCUUAUUCUCACAUCUACCGUUGCGGCUAUCACUGUUAUCAUGGGAGGAGGUUCCAGAUGGAUUGUCAAGUACAGCAAACAGUCCCUUCAAUCUUAUGCCAUUGGAGGAUCUAUCGCGGAAGAAGUCAUUUCAUCUAUCAGGAAUGCCACUGCCUUUGGUACUCAAGAUAAGCUCGCUCGUCAAUAUGACAAACAUCUUGCAGAGGCAGAGAAAUACGGAUACAGGACCAAAUUUACAUUAGCUAUCAUGGUAGGAGGCAUGUUUUUGGUCAUCUAUCUUAAUUAUGGUCUAGCAUUCUGGAUGGGUUCUAGGUUCCUCGUUGAUGGAUCCAUGACGCUUUCUCACAUUCUCACAAUCUUGAUGUCCAUCAUGAUCGGAGCUUUUGCUUUUGGAAAUGUUGCUCCCAACGCUCAGGCUUUCACAACUGCUAUUUCUGCCGCGGCAAAGAUCUUCAACACAAUCGAUCGUGUUUCACCCUUGGAUCCAACCUCUACAGAAGGUAUCAAGCUCGAUCACGUCGAGGGAACUGUCGAAUUAAGAAACAUCAAGCACAUCUAUCCAUCCAGACCUGAGGUCACAAUCAUGAACGAUGUCAGUUUGGUUAUUCCAGCCGGCAAAAUGACAGCUCUUGUGGGUGCAUCUGGAUCCGGGAAGAGUACUAUAGUUGGCUUGGUGGAGAGAUUCUACGAUCCAGUCGGCGGUCAGGUUUUGAUUGAUGGGCAUGAUGUUAGUACCUUGAAUUUGCGAUGGCUACGACAACAAAUUUCCUUGGUGAGCCAAGAGCCUACAUUGUUUGGAACUUCUAUAUUCGAAAAUAUUCGCCACGGACUCAUUGGAACUAAAUUCGAAAAUGAGACAGAAGAACGUCAGAGAGAAUUAGUUAUCGAGGCUGCCAAGAUGGCCAAUGCACAUGACUUUGUUUCUGCUUUACCUGAAGGCUACGAAACGAACGUUGGUGAAAGAGCCAGCUUACUAUCCGGUGGUCAAAAGCAACGUAUCGCAAUUGCAAGAGCCAUGGUUAGCGAUCCAAAGAUUCUCCUACUCGAUGAAGCUACAUCUGCUCUUGACACAAAAUCCGAGGGUGUCGUACAAGCCGCUCUUGAGGUUGCUGCUGAAGGACGAACUACCAUCACAAUUGCUCAUCGACUGUCCACUAUCAAGGAUGCGGAUAACAUCGUUGUCAUGACUGAGGGUCGCAUCGUUGAACAAGGAACUCACAACGACCUGCUUGCUAAACAAGGUGCUUACUAUAGAUUGAUUGAAGCACAAAAGAUCGCUGAAACCAAGGAAAUGACCGCUGAAGAACAGUCAGAGAUCGACGCCAAAGACGAUGAACUUGUACGCAAAAUGUCCAAUAAGGUCGGAGGAAUUGAAUACAACGAGGAUCCAGAUGAUAAGAAUAUUGUCAACAAAUUGAAUCGCACAACAACGGAAAAGUCACAAUCAUCUCUCGCACUUCAAGGCAAGACAUCGUCAUCAGAACAACAUGAUUCAUUAUGGACAUUGAUCAAGUUGAUUGCUUCAUUCAACAAAACUGAAUGGAAAUUGAUGUUGGUUGGGUUGUUCUUUUCGGUUAUUUGUGGUGGAGGUAAUCCAACUCAAGCCGUUUUCUUCGCCAAGGAAAUCAUUUCACUUUCACUUCCUGUCGUUCCUGCCAACUUCCAUAAGAUUAGACAUGAUGUCGAUUUCUGGUCUUUGAUGUAUCUUAUGUUGGCGAUUGUCCAAUUCCUUGCAUUUUGUGCCCAGGGUAUUGCCUUUGCUUUCUGCUCAGAAAGGCUCAUUCACCGAGUCCGUGAUCGUGCUUUCCGUACAAUGCUUCGUCAGGAUAUUCAAUAUUUCGACAGGGAUGAACAUACUGCGGGUGCUCUCACAUCAUUCUUGAGUACCGAAACUACCCAUGUUGCAGGAUUAUCUGGAGUUACCUUGGGUACGCUUUUGACAGUUAUUACUACGCUCAUCGCAGCAUGCGUUCUUUCUCUCGCCAUUGCCUGGAAGUUGGCUCUUGUCUGUAUCGCCACCAUUCCGAUUUUGCUUGCUUGUGGUUUCUUUCGAUUCUGGCUUCUUGCGAGAUUUCAGCAAAGAGCGAAAAAAGCAUAUGAGAAGAGUGCUAGUUAUGCUUGUGAAGCUACUGGUGCUAUUCGAACCGUUGCAUCCUUGACCAGAGAGCAAGAUGUCCUUGCUCAUUAUACCCAAUCCCUCAAAGACCAAGAACAAAAGAGUUUGAGAUCCAUCUUGAAGUCGUCAUUACUUUAUGCCGCGUCUCAAUCUUUGGUGUUCCUUUGCGUCGCACUUGGAUUCUGGUAUGGUGGUCAACGCAUCGCUUCCAAGGAGUACACCAUGUUCCAAUUCUUCGUUUGUUUCUCGGCUGUCAUUUUCGGUGCUCAAUCCGCUGGAACUAUCUUUUCUUUUGCACCGGAUAUGGGUAAGGCCAAACAAGCCGCCCAAGAGCUCAAGAUUCUCUUUGAUCGCAAACCUGCUAUCGACUCUUGGUCCGAAGAUGGAGAGCGCAUGGAGUCUAUGGAAGGAUAUGUCGAGUUCCGUGACGUUCAUUUCCGCUACCCCACUCGUCCAGAACAGCCCGUACUUCGCGGCCUCGACCUCCAAGUCAAGCCUGGACAAUACAUUGCUCUCGUCGGUGCAUCCGGUUGCGGUAAAUCUACGACCAUCGCUCUUCUUGAACGUUUCUAUGAUCCUCUCGUUGGUGGUAUCUAUGUCGAUGGUAAAGAGAUUUCUUCUUUGAACAUCAGUGAUUACCGCUCGCACAUCGCGCUCGUAUCUCAAGAACCAACUCUCUACCAAGGUACCAUCCGUGAGAACAUGCUUCUCGGAGCUGAUCGUGAGGAUGUUCCUGAUUCGGAAAUCGAGUUCGCAUGUCGCGAGGCUAAUAUCUACGAUUUCAUUAUGUCGCUUCCUGAAGGAUUUUCCACAAUCGUCGGUUCAAAAGGAAGCAUGUUGUCUGGUGGACAGAAACAAAGAAUCGCUAUCGCUCGUGCUUUACUCCGUGAUCCAAAGAUCCUCUUGUUGGAUGAGGCUACUAGUGCAUUGGAUUCCGAGAGUGAACAUGUCGUCCAAGCAGCAUUGGAUAAAGCAGCAAAGGGAAGAACUACAAUUGCAGUCGCUCAUAGAUUGAGUACUAUUCAAAAGGCAGAUUGUAUCUAUGUUUUCGAUCAAGGUAGAGUCGUGGAGAGUGGCACACACUCUGAGCUUAUACAUAAAGGUGGUAGAUACUCCGAGUUAGUCAACUUGCAGAGUUUGGGCAGAAAGUAA